UGGUUACAGCUAGGUGUAUACGAAUGAGGGGACGAAGCUCAGAAUUAAGUUCUUUUCUUUUCUUUUUGAUUCUUGUUCUAGGAUUUCAUGUCCUUCUACUCUACACCUUUCCACAGGACUUGAAUCUGCUGGAAAAGAGGGAGAGAAACACAAGUAAACAAGCCACUGAAAAAAUAGUUGUGCUGAAAUCUUCAAAAAGAAAAUUGAGCUCCAAAUGGGAAGAUAAAAGAAAGAGGCCCAUUUUUCCUGCAAAAAGCAGUUCUUACUUUGAGAAGAAAAAUAUUACUUUGGCGCAAACCUUUCAUAAAACAUUUUCUCCCUCCAUCAUGUAUCCUGAUGGUUUGGACGAGAAAGGUUAUCAUGAUUACUUCCUCCAGAACUGUUCCAGAAUUGUUCCACAAGAAAUUAACUCGCUUCAAAAUUGUGUUAUGGACUCAGAAAUGAACCGAAGACAAGAUACGAUCAGAAAAGUAUGUUCUGAAUACUACCCUGAUGGACCAACUGAGGAACUGGAUAAUACUAAACUAUUUAUUCUACCCAGAGAGGGAUUAUUUUGGUGUCCCGUCUACAAAGCAGCUUCUUCUAACUGGUUCAAAAACAUUGUCAAGGAACUUCGGAAUAAUCUUUAA